AUGUAUCAUAAAACCUUUUAUCAAUCCCGAUGGCCCAGUGUGGAACUGAUUGUGGUGGGCUGGCUCAGGUGGUGCACCCUGAGAAAAGCAAAGCUUGAGGAAAAACUUAUUUUUCCAAACCGACGCCCACGUCAUGAGCGUUGCAGCUUGGCCGAGCUUGUCAAGAAGAGUGAGGCUGACUACGUGGACUUUCAGGAAGCUUGCGUCCAGCUAGUCCAGAUUGUCUACUUAAUGAUUGCCCAGUCAGUGGUAUGUGAAUGUGAGAUGGGGCCAUGUGGCUUCCAGCGUGCAUUUCAUUUCAAAGAUACAGCUGUCCCACACACCAAGGUCUCAACCCUUGUGAGCAUCGACCAGUUCAUCCAGGACAACUACAAGGGGAAAAAGAAGCUCAAGCACCUUUCUGAUAAGAAGCGCUGGAUCAGAGAGAAGGGGCUCAAGAUAGUGAAACAUCCAAAGACAGGUAAGGAUUCCGUACCGGUAGAAGACAAGACCAUCAUGUUGACGGGAACAAGGCUGGAAACCAAAAGGGUGAAGGAGGAAACCCAUGAGUCCAAAAGUGCUGCCAAAGAGAGUUUCAAGAAGGCCAGGGCUGAGUAUGACAUCCAGACAAAUGCCAAAGCAACUCGGCUGGCUUACCACAUUGCGCCAGGCAUUCUGUUGUCGUUGGAAAGUGUGGAGAAGGCCGCUGAGGAUGAUGACAGUGACAGCAGCGGCAGCGGCAAGUCAAGCGAUUCUUCCAGUUCUGGUAGCGGUACGUCAAAGUCUUCGGGAGUUGGAAUCCAGUCUGAUGAUGAUGAACGUGAGGAAGACAACAGAACCAAGUUGCAUUCUGAUGCUGUUGUCUAUGAGGGCACCCGUUUUGGCAAAAAACGUUUCCGUUUCAGCAUCUCUAGUUGUGGCACCAUGCCAAAGCGAUGUGGUCAGCCGGUGGAUCUCGAGCCCAAGAAGCAGCAGAAGUUGAAGCCAGCAGUUCCUCUUGGCAAUCCACCAGCUCAUGUCCUUCCGCUUGGCCACCCCAUGCUGAAGAUCAUGGCAUCUUUGGAAUUCCUGCGUCUUUGUGGGUUGGAAUACCUCGAAACAAGUGAUGGCUGGGAUUUCGAGGUCGAGAGGUGUUGGAAGACUUGGCGCAAUUUGACCAAGGAGGAGCAGAACACCUUCGAUGAGAACAGCAUCCUUCCUUACUCCUCUUGGUUUCAAAAGCACACGCAGAAAAGAUCGGAAUUGAAGAGAGAUAAGAAGGUGCUAAAACCUGGCAGAGAAUUCGAAUCAGAUGAUGAUGAGUUCGAGGAAAUUGAAGUCGAGAUAGACUCAGACUCAGAGCUGGGCCUACUGGCCUGUGUCAAACACUGCUGCGAGAGUUUUACUGCAAAGUACUGGCAUUACUGCCUUUUGAAGCAUAGAUCUACAGAAAGGCGAUUGGCAGACAAGAAACCCAAGUCAAAAGCCAAGGCCUCAGGCAAGGGGAAAAGGAAGGCCGAGCCAGCCGACUCUGGACCAGAAGACGAGGUGUCAAAAGCUCCGAAGAUCACUGAGAAGCAGAAGGCGUUGGCUGAGAAAGCAGCCAAGGCCACAGAGCGCAUUGAGGUGACCCUGACAACUGUAGCGAAGACGAAGGAGUUGUUGGCGGAGCUCACGCCAGAGGCCAUUUGGGAAAGUUUGAUCAGAAGCAACGAGUUUGAUCGGAGGCUUGCCAAGGCUUCGGGGGCUGAAGUGAACCUGCAGAAGGUCCAGGCCAACGAAAAGGCAGGGCAAACCCAGAGGGAUCGCGCCAACCAGUUGCAGGACGACAUCACUUCCAUGGUGAGCAACCUGCAGGCCAUGAAAGAUGUUUGCAUGUUGAUCCGGGGCGAACCUUCAGAACUCGCAGAGGAAGUUGCACAUGGCACGGACUUGUUUGAGAAGGUGAAGAGAUGCGAGAAGUUUCUUCUGUCGGACUUCACGGUUGUGAUUGACAUGGGCCUCGCCCUUGCCAAGAAGCUUCUUGAGGCGAAGGACAAUAUCUUCUGGAAAUUCCUUCAGAUGUCGGACACAUCCAAGUGCUCUUUCAGCUUUGCCCACAUCCUGGAUGUAUAUUCUGGCAGCAGCCGGAGGGAGCUGGCAGGCCACCUGCUUCGGAUGCAGGUGACCGCUGUCUCCGAAGGAAUCUUUGAUCGGCUGCGGGGCAAUGGCAGCAUUGACUUUGCAAAGGCAUACAUUCCAGACUACCUUCGCACCGCAGAAUUUGCAGAUGAGAAGAAGUGGUAUCCAGUGCCUGGCAAAGGGCCCGUUGAUCUCACAGGCUUUGAAGGUCAGCUUGGCUUCACUGCUGUAGUUGUAGCAGAUGUGCAACGGGUUCUCGCAUGCCUUCACAUGAGCAUCGAGGAUGAUUCUGGACUUGACUUGACGUACGUGGCUGCUGUCGCUUCCGGGGCUGCCAGCAAUGCUUUUUCUUCAAAGGUUGUGACGCCAAUGUCUGCACAGGCAGAGUGGAGGACUCUUUGGCAAAAGUUGCUCGCCCUGGGAAAGAACCUUGUCAAUGCUGCUGCGAUUGUGAAGCAUGUCAAGGAUCUGUCACCAGGUCUUGAGGAGUUGAUCUCUUCGCAUUCCUCUGCUGACUGGUCUGAGGAGGACUUGAGCAGCAUCACCAAGAAAGUGAAGUCUCUCACAGUGCUUCCCGUCCUCAGGAAGAACCUCCAGGAGUCCAAGCGGUCAACAAGCGUAACGACUUGCUUGGGGGAGUUGGACUCCAUGAUAGAAAAGUUGCUCAAUUGGGGGUGCGGGGUGUUGUGCCCGGACGCGAAAGAGAUUCUACUUGGCCUCUUGGGCAACGUGGGCGAAAUGAUUCCACUGCCAGAUGAUGACUCCGCGGAUGUGGCGAAGUGCGCUGCGGCUUAUCCCAGCAAGAUCCCCACUAUCCCAGAGAGUGUGAGCCCACGCUACUUCCAGUCUCACUUGUCUCUUCCUGACUUGGCAAAGCCGUGCUCUGCCAUUACAGCCUGGAUUGAGGCAACUCAGGGUGCCAGUGCUGAUGCGGGCCGUGAUGCUCUGUCCUUGGUUGAUUCACUGUCGAGCACCCGCAAAUACGCUGACUCUGUCUUGAAGACAUGCCAGGACUUUGAAGUGAGUGACAAAGAGUUGCGCGAGAAGGAUGGGUCGCUGGAGUUCCACAGUCAGAACUUGCACAAGGCAAUCAUGGACAUGCUUCAAAGGUACUGCCAUGCACUUGAGUCCCGUACCAUCCUGGCAUUGGCCAAGAAGGAGUUCAAAGAGCCUACGAAAGCAGCGCAGACCUUGCCAGCAGUCUUAGCGCCAAUGAUCCACGUUUUGCAGCUUCCUUGGGAGGAAGAGCUUGAAAAGCUCAGCAAGACCAACGAACUGCCGCUCUUGAUCUCCAAGCUGUCUCUUGCAGAGGCAGCCUCUUCAGCUAUGUCUGCCAAGGCUUUCCAGGAUGAGGUUUUCUCAGCGACCCGGGAGAAGUGUGAGAAGUUUGUGAAUGACUUCGUCCAGAAAAUUGGAAAUACCGCAGACGAGUGCUUCAAGGGACUGGUGGAAGGGUUCAAGGAUUUCAACAACAAGUUUGAGGAAGUGGAGGGUUGUGUCCGAGAUUGGGCACUGAAAGACAUUGAGUGGGUCUUUCUGAAGGAGACGGAGGAGGAAGUCAUGAAAGAGCUUGUCUCUUUGAAGGCUGCGAAAAAAAAUGCAAUCGAGUUCUCCAGCAUUUUGGACGCUCUGGUCAAGCAUGAGAGCUCUUUCGACCCGAUGAAAAAAUUGAGCGAAACGGCCAAAAGCUUUCACCGUGAACUCGAUGAGGCCAUGAUCAAGUCAUGCAUGCUGGGCAGCUACAUCGUCAUGACCCACUUGGUUGUGAACGGCAGUACCUCCAAAGAGGAGGUGGAGAAAUCAGAGAAAUAUUGCAGCAAGAUCUUUGGCGUUGCCCCUGCAACGCUCCCAGAAAAGUUGUCCAGUCGGGUCAAAGAGUUGGUAAAGGGGCUGCCCACCGCUGCAGCUUCGUCCAGUGCAAAGCCUGCCGUCAAGAAAGAGGCCAAGGCAGAGCGCAAGAAGGACAAGGAAAAGGACAAAGACAACAAAGGCGACAAAGGUGACAAGGACAAAAAACGGAAGGCAGAGAAAGAACCAAAGGCUGAGGGGUCUGGCAAGAAGUCUCACAAAAAGCAGUCGAAAUAG